GUUUUCUAGAACGUCCCCAGGAUGGACAAGUUAGGGUUGUUCCGAGUCAGAAUGUAGGAAACUAUUCCUCGGACACGGGUCCAGAUAUGGUAGUAUGUGCGAUCGGCUUCGGGUUUUCUGUCUACCUAUACUACACCCUUCUGUACUGUUGUGUGUGCUUUACUCCGCAGUUGAUACGAUCUCAACAUACCGCACGCGGUUGGGGGUCUUCCACAGACCAUGAUCUACCCUGCACAUACCAUCACCUACUGACCCAAAACUUGGAUUUGGCCCCCCGCCAGAAUACGGAGUACAAAUCUUACAGUAAGUGUGUAUGGGUAUGUGCACUCUCUCAGACUUACAGUGCAGGGUUACACAGAAGCAAACAAACAGCAACUAGCCCCGAUGAUGGGUAUUGGGGUGCCCCGCGACGAGGCCAGAUGGAAUUGACCCAUCCCCGUGCGGACUAGCUGUACCCAGACUAACCUUCAGCUUAUCCACUUCUUUCCUUGCCAGUCGCUACGUUUUGCGAGGGUCCCGUCUUAGGCUGAGUUAUGCACCUGCUGUCUUCCCUUGGCGGGAUUCCUUUCCUACGUAAUGGGUCUGAAUUUGAAGGGGAGGAUCUGCAGUGCGGCUGCGUUCCGGAUUGAUGUCGUAGCUAUGGAGUAUACAUGGAGGAUAUACGAACAUGGAUAAUUUGAGGUGAGUCGAUUUUGACUGACUGACGGUAA